AUGGAGCAUGGUCGCUAUCCGACGUUUGUCCUGGAUGGGCCUGACGAUUUUCUCUUGGAGGAGUUGCUGAAGCACUUGACGCUCGAGAGCGACGACCAUUCUCUGAGCCUAGCGGGAUCACCAGAGUUCGAGACACGAGACGACUUUUUGGCUGACGUGAAUGCUACGUGCCAGCUAAUCCGGCAGAGGAAUUCCCAUUUCCACGAAUUGUUGGUCUUCAGAGAUACCUCGAAUCAUGUCCAGGCCGGGAAUGUAUCCGAUACCGGUACCAAAGCCAGACCUAGCUUUGUGGCAGGUCUUGAAGGACAUUGGUACGGCAGCGGUGACACGGACGGAAAGGAACAUUCGAAAUCCCGAAUUCCAUGGCCCGCAAUGAGGCUUGCCGGGGAGAUCACUUCGAAGGGUAAAAACGAGGAGGACCAGAGACAGGAUGCUCGCACAUACCUUGACCUCCUGCUUGAUGCACGACCCGAUUUCAAGGCCGCCUUCGGCCUGUUGGUGGGCGAGAAACAUCUGCAGCUGUUGGUUGGACAAACAGGUUCAAGGAUCUACGAAUUCUCGUUUGCUUGGGGCACCCAGACGCUGAAGCGGGCGAUGCUUGCGAUGGUGUACCGACUCUAUGACCCUGGGCAGUGGGCGCAUCCCGACAUCGAAAUGGUCUAUCAGCCAGCUUCGGGUGACAGCAUACCGACGUGUGUCUACAACCUCACUUUUCAGCCAACGGAUUCCGAACCACAGGUGGUGUGUCGCGACUUCAUCUGUCGAUAUGGCGCCAACUCCUUCGGUACUCGGACGCACGUGUUUCAUGGUGGCCCCGAUCCUCCCGUUGUCGACGGUCACAGACUCAGAGUGGUCAAGAUACAACUCUGCCAUAAAUCUCGUUUCGACGAAAUCGAGGUGCUCAGACAUGUCAAAGGAGUCCCGGGGGUGGUCGAUAUGCUCCGGUCUCGAGCCCUGACACAUCUGUUUGGAGGUAGAGAAGAAGUAUGGAUCGGGAUGGGUCAGGAGGGCGCGCCGUUUAUGUCGAUUGAGACCCCUCGGGAGAUGCUCAUGGUGGCCUACGACGCGCUGGAAAUCACCCGAAUUCUGAAUGCCGAGCGCCGCGUUCUCCAUCGCGACAUUAGCACGGGGAACGUCAUGUACCUUCGGCGACCAAGGGUUGCAGAGCGGCGGACACAACGAGACGAAACCCCAGAUGAACGGCAGGCUGGAGAGGGCGGGGAAAAGGAUGAGACCGGAGAGCAGAACAAGAACAAGCACCGUUACUGCUUCGUAAGACGUCUGCUUGGCAAGAGCGACGACCCCAAGGAAACAUCGACACUGCUAAUCGAUUUCAAUCACAGUGAAGUCUUGAGCUUACCUCGUAAGCCUGUUCGAGGAGAACGAACGGGAACUCCUGGGUUCAUGGCCAGGGCUGUCCACCGAGGAGAGCCACUCCAUCUUGAUCCCCGCUUUACUUUUGAAUUUAUAGCCAUCCCAAAUCCCCCAGAGACAUACAAGAACCUGUUUCCAGGACGCCUCGCCCGGUUCAGCCUUUGUGACACGGACGAGUCCUUCGAGGCAGACGAAAAGGGAAACCCCCCGCACGACGUCGCCCCCUGGAGACACCAGCUAUAUCAUGACGCUGAAUCAAUCUUUUGGCUUGUCCACUACUGGGCGCUGAUGGCUAUGCCGUCGACCAAUGCCUAUCCAAAACGCUCAAUGAGGGAUGAAGAUAUAUGCAUCCCCAACGACGUCUGGACGGGGCUGCUUACGGCUCGGAAAAGGCUCCCUGAUGACCGAUCUGUGUUCCACCCGAGCUAUCGUGAUCUAUUCCCUCUUCUCAAAGAUAUGUACUCUUACAUGAAGUUCGACCCACACUGGCUGCCGCAAAGCUCUCCGAGAGCACAGCCCGACUACAUCCACGAAUGUUUCCAGCGCAUCAUCCUUAACUUCCUCCAAAACAACUGGGACCAACCGUUCAUGAGCCUGAAGAAAUCCGUCAACCCUCGGAGCGUCUAUAAUACGUCUUUGAUUCCAUCCCGUUCCUCUAGGCCGUUGUCGUCAGCCCCAACUCAACCUGGAACACCGCUAAAGAGGAGUUAUGGAUCGACAUUUAGUGUUGACUCCGAACCCUCGGAACCGAAGCGUGCGCGUGUAGAGUCGGUAUCGUCUGAUGCGGCUGAGCUAUUGGAGUCGCCGAGGCUAUCUCCUCGAUCGCCAGUUAUGGGGAGCCCUCGGUCGACGUUCACUAUUGCGCCUGGGCCUUCUGAACCGUCUGGUGAAACCUUCACCGAGUCUACCCCGAUCCGGCCAGACGUGCCCCUCCCUCAGGAUAAAGGGGACGAUCCCUUCGUUCAGACAUGA